GCCGCCAGGCCCCACCCACUCCCUCUGUCCUACCCAACCCGGGCAGGCCUCGCAGGCCCGGCCGGCCCUAGGUUAAUCAUUCCCCGAGCGCCGAGCUUUACCAGGCCUCCAAGGGGAGGGAGAGGCACAAGUGGUGAGGAGCAAAGGCUGAGCCUGCAAACAAAACCAUUUCAGGGGCUCGAGGAUUUCAGGCCUCCCCACCCCACCCCCCCCGGCCCGCCCGCACCGUGACAGUGAGUGAGUUAUCCGCCGCUUCACCUGGGCCCCGGGCGGCCCGGUGAUGGGGCAGGGCUGGGAAGAGGACUCCCGGGUUCCCCAGCGAGGUGCUCACCCGGAGGUCACGGCUCCCGUCCCCCAACGUGCCCCCCGAGCCGGCCGUCCGAUGCGCUACCCCAGCGACGGCGAGACCGGCGCGAUGAACUGCCCCUGCCCGGCCGGGGUCUCGGCCCCCCUGCCCGCGGGCCCGCAGGAGCCGUCCAGGGGCGGCCGCCCCCAGCGCCCCGACUCCAUCCUCCAGUUCCUGCUGUCCCAGGCCGCGGCGGGCGGGGGGCCCCCGUGGGGGCCGCCCCGGGAGGGCGUCUGGGAGGCCGGGGAGGCCGCCCUGGGCUUCCAGCCCACCCUGGACGAGAUCGAGGAGUUCCUGCAGGAGAAGAUGAGCCCGGCGGCGCCCCCGGCCCCCCCGCCGCCCGGCCCGGCGGCCCCGGUGGUGGGCUGCGUGCCCGUGCUCCUGCAGCUCCGACCGGCCCGGGACGCCAAGGGGGCGGGGGCGUCGGCGGGACCCCCGGAUCUCAAGGUCACCCGGGUGCUGCUGCAGCUCCAGAGCAUCGCCCUGCUGCCUCCGCCCGCGGCCGCCCCGCCCGCCCGCCAGUUCAUCCGCAUCGCCCCGGUGCCCAGCCAGGGGACCCAGAGCGAGCCGGGGCCCGGGGCCACCCGCCUGCCUCGCCUCGGCCCGGCCGAGCUCCUCAAGGUGCACCGGUGCGGCCACCCCGGCUGUGGGAAGGUGUACACCAAGAGCAGCCACCUCAAGGCCCACGGCAGGCGGCACACGGGCGAGAAGCCCUUCGCCUGUAACUGGCCCGGCUGCCAUUGGAGGUUCUCCCGCUCCGACGAGCUCCUGCGACACCGGCGCUCUCACUCGGGCGUGAAGCCGUACCCCUGCCACGUCUGCCACAAACGCUUCGCCCGCAGCGACCACCUGGCCAAGCACAGCAAGGUCCACCGUUUCCCCCGCACCGCCCGGCCCGCCCUGCGCUGACCCGAGCCGCCCCGGCCCUCCCCUACCUCAGCCGCCCCCCGCCCGGGCCGCAGCUGGGCCCCCCCGGACCGGCCCGGCCCGCCUCCGGGGCUCUGAGUCGCACUGACGGGGAUAUUUAUUGGGAAAACUCGGCACGCUACUAAGAAUAAAAGCUAUUUAUGGAGACGGACACGGCCUCCCCUGGGGAGCCUCGGGAGAGACGAGGCUCUCCGGAGGCAGCCCGGGGAGGGGGCUUGACCGGCUCCGUGUCCCCCAGGACCGAAGGCUGACUCCAGCACCGAUCCCCCCCUCCCUGCAAACACCCGGGGAUCCCCACCGGGCCGCCCGACUCCCCGGGCCGCGGGCCGCCUCGGCGGACCGGGCCCGGGCCUCGCUCGUAGAUCGGAGACUCCGGAAGGUCGGCUCCCCGGUUUGACGGGGAGGGGGUGUGCCGGUCCCGGAGAGGGGGUCCGGCCUCGGCCCGCCCCCGCGGGCCUCAGGGCCCUCUUCCCCAGGGCCGGUGUGUCCCCAGGGGCCUGGGCCAAACCAGGCCCUUCUCCCUUCCGGCAGCCCCGGCCUCCGGAACGGCCACCCGCUCUCUGAACCGGGACGCCGAGAGGCUGUGCGCGGGGAGGUGCCGCCCCACUCUGCUAGGAGAGAGGCGAGGGCUGGGGGAGUGAGGCGGGAGUGUCUGUCAUCAGGCUCCCCGGGGCCCACUUGGGGCCCGGGCCCACUGCUGGGUGGGAAAGCCCACCAGCCGAGGUCCCGCCGGGAACCUGGGCCGGAAAGGCCUUUGUGUGGUCGGGAAGUCACACCGUGUGCCUGUGUGUCUGUACGCGCACGCAGAGAUCUGUAAACAUCUGGGUUUUGCAUCUGUCCCCGCAUCUGGGAGCCUGCGUCCCCGGCUGGGGGGUCCCGGCUCCGCCCACGCCCCGGCUCCUCCGCCAGGGCGGGCCGCGGGGAGGCCCGAAUGGGCAGCUUGGCCAUUAAACUGCCUCUGGCAGCAGCCAGGAAGCGGGGGCCGGCAACACCCUCUCCCUCUCCCGCUGCUAGCGGCUCUUUGUACAUUAAAAUGGGGUGGAGAAAGAC